UGCAAAACGGAUAUAAUUGCGGAUAAAACAAGUUUGAAAAGAUUUGAAAGUUACAUUUUUAUAUAUGGAGUAGUAACGUGAAAAUCAUGAAAAUAACCAUUUAGAUUUUUAAUUUUAUUUUAUUUUUUAAACAAAGAGCAAUAAACCUUUUACUUUAUUUUAUUAAAGUAAAAAGUUGUAGGAAACUUUUAUGAAAAAAAGUAAGAAAGUUAAAAAAGGGAAUUACUAAUCAACAAGUUUAUUAUUACAAAAAAUAACGAAUUCACAUAUGAAUUUUUUUUUCAAUUUUAAUUUGGAAAUUUUUAAGAUUGUAGUUAAGUAAAAAAAAACAUUUUACGGGGUAAAUGUAUUUGUAUUUAAUCUUAUAGCUAAAACUACUGUUUUCGAAAAAAAAAAAUGAAUUGUUAUUAGUUUAUAUUAUAUAACGUGAAAUUGUUAAUAUUUGUGUAAAAUAUUAGAAAACUUACUUCAUAAAAAUCUUGCAAUUUACAUUCCUAAUUUACUUCUUUGUAAUAUUUUCUAAAAGUAUAAAUUUAAGAAAAUAGCUGCAAAAGAAAAAAAUAAUCUUAUACGUAUACAAAUGUAACUUGAUUGUGUGCGAUUUUAACAAAAAAGAAAAAAGAUUUUCUUACCAACGUCGCCAGUUUUUCAAUUAUUUAAAUGAAAGUUUUUACUUCUUUUAUAUUGCUAUAAUUAGAAUAUAAAGGUGCAUUUUAAAAGGUUUUAAAAUGGGCAACAAUAUUCGGAUAAUUAUAAUACUAAUUUAUGCUGUACUACAAUUAGCAAUAGUUAUUGAGGCUCAAGCUAAGAUUCAAAGUCGUGGAAAAACCAGGUUCACACCGGAAGCAUCAUAUUAUGACGAUAGUCUGGAAAGUCUAUUUAAAUUCAGACCACAAUAUAAUAAAUCAGAAUUAAGCGACGAAUUCUAUUUAGAUGAUGAAUUGGGAUCCACACGAAAAUCAAUAUUGGUUGAUGUACCACGAGUCACAAGCAAAUUUAGUAUGUCAUCGCAUCAAUUUACUAAAACAAGGCAAACUGUAAAACUUUUAGCUACGACAAAAGAUUCUAGAAGAAAAAAAGAUAUAAAAAAAAGGACAGAUUUGCAAAAUAAUAACAAUUAUGCUUCACGUCGUUUUGAUGCAUUUAUCAGAAAUCCACCGAUACAGGGCUUGCGAAAAUCACCUUUAGAACAAAAAAUAGGUAAAAACGAAUAUGACCUUUUUCCUAAGCAAGAAAAACGUAGAAGAGCUCGUCAAUCGUCUACCACAGAAGUAUUGAAAACGAAAAAAGAAAUUGAUAAAAGAAAAUCGCGACUGGAAAGUAGCUUUCUGGUUGAUUCCAAACCUGUUAACAAACAAAAAUCGCCAACUGAACAGAAAUCAGAAACUGCAAUGGCUCCAAAACUUGAAAUCUACGUGUUUCCAGAUAUACGCAGAGUCUCCAAAUCAAUGAACUAUAACAUUUAUUCUCAUGAUGAAAUCGGUCAGUUGGAAGAUGGAAAUUACACAGAACAUUUUAAAUUGUUUUUAAAAUCGGAAUCCAAACCGUUCAAAAUUGACACUUCAGUAAAUAAAACUGGGCGUGUAAAAAGUAGUAUUGUAUCAAGUUCAUCUCAAUCACCGUCUCAACUUUUAACCAAACGUGUUAUUUCACUUUCAAAAAAAAAGCGCCUCACAAGGUCUUCAACAAAUAAUACAAACCCGAUUUCAAAAACAAAUUCAACACUAUUCCAGAAGUACGAAGUACAAAACGAUCUAAAAGCAAGUUUAAAUAAUUUAAAAAGCACACUACAAUAUUUUAAUACCACCACGGAUAAAACACAAAAAGAUAAAAGUCGAAAUAAGAAAUUUUCAGAAAAGCAGCAGAAUUUAUCUGGAGAAAAUCAGAGAAGAUUUAGUUCUAAAUUUACAACCGAAAGUACAGUUUCAACCGUAAAAACUCAAAACUUGGAAAAUUUUUCUAACUUUGACGUAAACAAAUUAAAAAAUUCAUACAAAUUCAGUUUUUCCAAAUUCAGUUCAAGGUACCGUGAACCAACAUCAAAAUUAUCAUUAGAACAAGAAAAGGAAAAAAAUAGACCAGUACAUACACCAAAAAUUCCAACUAUGACUGUAGAAUCAUCAUCAAGAUUCCCUAAAAUAUAUACUUUUGAAACAAAUUCAAACAAAAAUAGUCGUAAACCCAUUGCGAGGUCUAUAAAUAAGAUAAAUAGCGAACAAGAAGGAUUUUGGAAUAUUGUUGAUCCAAUAGACGAUGGUUUGACGAAAUCAGAGAUUGUGGUGGAUUCUAGUGAGGAAUAUGUUGAUGAUUUAUAUGAUGAAGAUGAAGUACACCGCCCGGCUGGUACUGCGACUGUUUCAAUUUUCGAAGCUCUAGCUGAUAUUCUUUCAAAAAGAACGGAAAACCCAGAAAAUGUGGUAAAGAACAAAACAACACCAUCAACAACAACAUCCACUACAACAACUACUACCGAACUACCAAUUAUCAUACAGGCCGAUAACUCAUCAACAACAAACAUUAACAUUUCAACACUCAUCUAUGAUACCCUAAAUAUUACUUAUCAAUUCAAUGAUAUAGAGAAAAAAUUUACAACUUCAAUUACAUAUACUUUUAACAAAUCUUCCAUUCCUUUAAUUAGAAUAAAGAAAUUAGAUUCGAAAUUAGACAAUAAUAAUGACUGCCAUUACGGCGACUGUGACAGCAGACACUUUAAUAUGGUUCAUAAUUUAACUUCCGCAAUUGUUUCAAAUCAUUUUCCACAAUUAAUUGCUUUUAUUAACCGAAAGGGUAGCUGUAACAAUUUAAACCAAUAUCAAAGUACUAACUCUGAAAAUAUUUGCUUCGAUGCACACUUAAAAUAUAAUUUUAACAAUAACUUAAAUUUUACAGUAGUAAAUAGAUUUUUAGAGUUACUUAUAAAAGAUAUUCCCGAAACUAAUUCCGUAACUGUAAUUAAUUCUAAUUUACAAACCAGCAUACCUCAACCGCAUUUCUUAAGAACACCUGGUAGUAAUCUUGUGUCACAACCACAAUUAAUUUCAGCUAUUAAUAAUUUUUUAGAUUCUAAUCCCACAAAAAGUGUACGAAAUAUAAGUAUUUUAAAUUUUGGAAACUUUACUUCAAAUAAUGAACCUUUGAAAGGCUUUUACAAGGUUUUUAAACCGAAUAUUUUAAGAAUAACCGCGCAACCAGAAUCCACCAAUUCGAGUACAAUAAUCACAACAACUACUUCAACACCAUCAACUAUUUCACUCUUUGACCUAUUUACAAUAAAACCGAAAAAAAUUACUUUGAGCCCUAAAGAAACAUUAGUAGAUAUUCAUCCCAUUUACAUAUCACCGAAGCAAACAACAAUACUAACUAAAGUAUCAUCAACAGAUGACAUUUUUCAGGAGAUCCCAAAAGAACACCCUGUCACACUAAAUUCAACUUUGAAAGACAAAGUGAAAAAAACGCAACAAUCAACAAUGAAAAAACAAAUACAUUCUGGACACGGUACUGCUACUACAAAGACUAAAUUAAUUAAAUUGAUCUACAAAAACGAUAAUAUUCCAUUGACUACACAAAACCUACUAGAUGCUACAUUAAACAAUAAUAAACCUCCUGAAUGCCUAUUGAAAAAUAUUCAAGCCACAUCUGAAAAAAAUAUUCCUAGUCCAAAAAUUACUCUUAUUUCCCUGAAUACUACUUUGAAAUAUUCCACUGAAGUUACAUCUAGAAAUCCCAAUCAACAAUUAAAGUUAUUAACUGCAGAACAAAGCAAAUUAAUUGAGGAAGCUCCAGUUUUGGGUUAUACCAUUUAUGGAAUUCUACCAAACAAUACCGUCAUACGGAAAAUUCCUAGAGCGACAAAACCAUUGUUCAGUGAGCCACCACCAGUAUAUGGAAUUUUAUCAAAUAAAACUAUGGAAAAUCCUGUUCUUCUGGACAUCUUGAAACGAAAAUAUAUUAAAAAUGACGUUUCACUAAAAUCUCAAAGUGUUUUCAGUUUAACAACUUUAAAAAGUAUUACAGAAGAUGAAACUUUCGACCCUAUCUUCAAAGAAAAUGUUUCAGAUAUGUCUGAGCAAAGCUCACCAAUCUCAACCACAAGCAAAGCAACAUCAAAUAUUAAUAAUACAAUAAAAGUAACACAUAGCUUUUCUCAAGGUAGUAAUAUUAAUGAAAUUGGAGAAUUUGGAUUAGAUGAUCCAUUGACUCUUAGCAUGGAAGACAAUAAAAAUAGAUCGUUAAAUUUAACAUCUACGUUAGUAUCUAAAUAUUUAAAAAAUAUUGAAAUGGUGUCUAAUUCAACAGUGAGCACCACAACACAGAAACCUGAUGAAUUUAUUAAGCCUUACUUAGAAAAAUUAAUAACACAUACUUCUACACAAAAUCCAAUGCUAAAUCCCAUCAAAGCACCUGUCAACAAAUCAUCCGGAUCAUUAGUUCCAAAUAUAUCUCAAGAUAUCGUUACAUUGUACUAUGAUGCAUAUGAUCCGUAUGAUGAUCAAGAAAAUAUUUUAAGAAAUAAAGGAAAUGAAUUCAGCUUACCGUCUGAACCUAUUACAACGAUAACACCCUUGAUAAGCGACAACACUCAAAUAGAUUCAUUGAGUACAAUUUUGGCACCUACAAUUAGUCCUUCACAAACAAAACUGCAAACUACUAAUUAUAAAAAAACUUUAGAUAACAAUAAUUUAGAACAAAAUUUACGUUUGCUUCAAGAACUGCUACGAAUACAAGCUAAUAUGGUAACAACAGGUCAAAAAUCCACCAUUCCCCAAGUCUUUUCAUCAACUUCAACAUUUACAACUACAACUUUGGCGACAAGAACAAUGAAACCAAUUACAAUUGCAACAACUACAACAAUUGCAACUACUAAUACAAUAACUGCAAAUGCGACAAUAGAAAAAACCAACAAACUUUCCAAUAGCGAUGACAUUAGAUUUUUGAUAAAUUUGCGACAACUUCUUUUCGGUCAGCAACAACAAACCUCUAUCGAAAAGCCUUACGAACCAAAAAACGUACCAUCAAACACUACACCCACAAUUUUACGUAAAAACACUAUACCAAGUACAACUCCAAAAAAAACAACUACAACUCACACAACAACUACAAAUCCUAAACUAACGACUCACACCACUACACCCGCAACUCAGUCUUACAGUACACCAACAGUAAAACCUUUAGUCAAUUUCCCAACAGUAAGAUCUCUGAGCAACAUUAAGUCAAACACCAUAGAACAACUGCUCAAUAGUUUUCAAAAUACUCGAACAACAUUAAAUCCAAAUAAAAAUAGAGAUGUUGAGUUUUUAAGUGCUCUGCGACAAUUCGCAAAAUUCAACAAUAUUGUGAUGGCUAAGCCAACAACUUUUGCUGAUAGACUUGUAGAGACAGCUUUACAAAAUCAAUUAACCUCUACAACAUCAUCUAAUAAUUCAACUACAACAACUACUCAAAAAUAUCAACCUCAAACAAGCCGUACCUCAAACAUCAAUUUUAUAAAAGAAUUUCAAACGGAGCAAGAAGAUUUAAAAUCAAUAAAUGAUGAUUUGGUUUUGCUUUCUUCGCUUCUUGGAAGGAAAGUUUCUAUUGCAGACAUUCCAAGUUUAAGAAAUGAAAUUAUUACCAACCGUAGCCAAAAACAAGCACCCACACCGAAGCCAAGAAUUUCAACUGAGAUAUCAAAAAAUCAAGCAACUGAAAUUGGAAAAAAUCUUCAACUUCUUUCUUCGUUGUUGGGUCGCCAGACAACAAUAAACGAGUUACCUCUAAUUAUGUCAAAAGCCACUGAAGCUCCGAAUUUACCUACUACAACAGAAAGAACUACUACUACUACUAAAAAAAAAAUCAUAAGCACAACAGCAUCUGCAUCAAAAUUAAUUGCUCCAACUCUAUCCGAAAUCAAAAAGCCAUCCUUAACUCGAGAACAAGUUCUUGGUCUGUUGAAAACUGAUUUAAGAAAUCAUGAGGAUAUUGAAGUUUAUGGAAAAAGUAAUGAAGCUCUUUUAGCUUCUGUUUUAAAGCAAAUAGGAAUUGGACCCGAUCUCUUUGUAAUAGAACCAAAUUCCACACCUUAUACAACUACUCAAGCACCAAGGAAACCUCCACCUCUAACCCGACGCCCAAUUAUAGAAGGUAUACAAUGGUUGUGGAAAACUUGGCAGGAAACCGCCCCAACGACAAAAAAAACGAGAGAAAAAAAACAUCAAAGUACAACGGCGAGUACCAUGAAAAACAUUAACUACGGAGGUCGUGACGCAUUAAUUUAUACUAAUCAUGCUGAGGGCGAUGAUGAUCUUAGUUUUCAAGCGCCAUUAACAGGAUUUGACGGUGGAGCUUUCAUAACAACAGCAAUCAGUAUUACCAGAGCUGUAUCAAGCUUUCUAGGCACAGCAUUAACGGGUGCUGCCAAAACAGUUAGCGGUGCUUUAGAAGGUAAUGAACCAGAAUUCUACAAUCUAAGUGGUAAAAGGUGAAAAAAGGAAGCUCCUAAUUUUAAGUUUGGAAAUCGCACAUAAGAGUACUCGUAGUAUGUUUUUAUUUAUAAACAUUCCUAUUGUACAUUCAGUGAUAGUUAUAUUAUUUUUAUAAAUACUUUUCAUGAAAAUUCUGUUUUUUUCGUUUUAUAAGAAAUAUAUUCAAUAAAUCGGAAACAUUUUUGUUUAUUCAAUACCUUUAUUACUUCUUUAUUAAUUACAAAUGUUUUUGUUAAAAUAUUUUCAUAAUAAUUAAGAAAAAAAAGUACAUAAUAUUAAUUAAAUUAGUAUUGGAAAUAAUUAUGUUGCUAUAUUUAAUUUUAAGAGAGUGGUGUAAAGUACUUAUUUAUUGUAAAUUUAGGAUAUAAUAAUUUUAAGGUGUUAUUCAAAUGAAGUCAUUACAGA